AUGUUCAAGGGUCGGCAAACAGAGGCCGACGAAAUGGCCUCACAUCCACCGCCGCCGCCCUCAGCAUCAUCCCAUCCAUUGGUAGACCCUGUAGACCUGCCAAGCCAAUCCACCUACAGCUACUCAAGCCAGUCGUCGCUGGGACAUGAGCCAGAAAUGGUGGAGUCGCACGAAGAAGAACAGCCAACGGAGAGUCACCUCCUGGCAGACAUGGCUACUAAGGAGAAGCCCAUCGAGGAAAAGGGGUUUGCAGAAAUGGGGCAUAAAGAUAUCGAGGUAAAGGACCUGGGAUGGAAUACACCACCUAGGAACGUUGCUCAGCCUAUGGUUGGCGGGUUGACAAACGAGGAGCUCUGGGUACUUGUCCGGCGGUUUGAUAAACAAAUCUUCCACGUGAAAUCGAUUCCAGAAGCACCAUUGGCCUCACUCGACCUAAACAUUGCCGACGAGGAAGAGUUUUCGCCUGACAAGCUCAGAGCUCAUAUUGAGCGCUUGUAUAUGACAGUUAUCGUUGGCCUGUUCUCUUUUUGGAAGCACAUUGUCCGCAUCCGAUCAUGGCGCGAGUGGAAGCGCACUUCAACCUUCCUCUCUGUCUAUACCAUCGCGUGGAUCUUUGACUUUGUUGUCCCCGUUCUUGUUAGCUUCCUUAUCGUUCUUGUUCUAGUUCCCGAAGCGCGCACCUUCUGUUUCCCUCCAGCCCCUGCAUCCCUUAUCGACAGCAGGACUGGCGGCGUCAAAAAACCUUCAUCAGGCGUCCUCGCGUCUGAAGACUCAAUCACGGGUGCCCCCGAGAAGCACGCCGGCGAAGCCGUGGAACAGGAGGCGCACAGCUUCGUGAAUAGCAUUUCCUCGCUGAUCGUUAGCACCGCAGCGGGGAAGCACCCUCAAGGCGACCCUCACAAUGACACCGCUGCUCCGGACCCUACUAAUGUUGCUGAAGAUGUUGUCAAUGCCAAGGAUAAGACUCAUGGAGAUGAGCCCAGCUCUCACCACGACAAGACCAAGAAGCCCGUCUCUGAGACUGUCUGGACCCAGGCUAGACCUGUCAUGCACGGCAUUGCGGACUUUGUGGAUACCUGGGAGCGAUUUGGAAACGCCCUUAGCCCGACACCACCCUUUCCCCAGCAACGACCCCGACUCAUUCUGGCCAGCGUACUCCUUCCCAUGCUCCUCGGAUCGCUCUUCACCACAUCCUACAUGUUGGUAAAAGGAACCGGAUUCAUCGUCGGCUUCACCAUCUUCGGCGACCCAUUGAUCCAAAGAGGCCUGGUGUUCAUCAACCGUACCUACCCUCGAUGGAAAAAAUAUGUUGAAUUGCGAAACACCCUACUUAAGGGCAUACCCACCAAUGCCCAGCUUACGAUCACGCUCUUGCGCAUCGGAGAGCGGAAUAAGGCACCUCUACCGCCGCCACCAACGUCUACUACACCACCAUCUGAUCAGCCCCAUCCGACGGCGGGCGAAGGUCUUGAACACCUCGGUGAGAAAUCCUAUAGUACCGCGAAGUCUGCACGGCUUACAAACUUACAAGGUGUCGAUCAAGAGGAAAUAGAUGAGGCCAUUCAACCGGACGAAGCUGCCCUUGCCCCUGCGGAGUCCAACACGGAAGAGCACAAACAAAAGAAGGGCCACAGAAUCUUGAACUUUAUCAAGAGCACUGCGAAAGGCGGCAUCAACACAACUCUUGCAGCCGAUAAGGUAAAGGCUAAAGCGGGCGCCAAACACGCAAAAGACAGGCUCGGGGUUGUCAAGAAACAACCCGAUCCCGACAAAGGACCAAUCAGCUUCCCAGCUCGAUACAAGGGUAAAAGAGGUCAUGCCUUUAUUACAGCCACGGCCACAACGCCUGCUAUAAGCUGGACGACAGAAUCAGAUGACGUGAAGCCAAUAUGGUCUGUCACGAUCGGUGAUAUUGCGGAAAUACGCAAAGUCGGUGGCCUUGGAUGGAAGUCAAAGAUUUUUGUCGGUUGGGCAACAGAUCGUGAGAUUGCGGAUGGCCUCAUCAUCACCGAUACUCUUGGCAAGGAGUACCAUCUGACUGCAAUCCUGGAACGAGAUGAGCUAUUCAACCGGCUAGUCGCCAUGGGGUCGCAGAUGUGGGAGGCUUGGUAG